AUGGCUGGCGAUAACUGCAGUGAUCUUUUGCAGUCUCCACCAUCGUUUCCCAUGAGUGCUUUGACCUCAGCUAACGCCAAGAUUGAGUCCUGGCUAACGGCUAAUUCGCUCACGCGACAGCUAGUGAGCUCGCCGUCCUCAUCCUGCAUCACCUUAAUCUUCGUUUAUAUCGGAAUCCUACUGAUAUCGUACGAGACCGUGCUUUACUCGGGUUAUUAUAUUUCGCUGUGGAAACUCCCAGGCAAUGAUAUAUUUAAGGAGACCCCCACACAUUGUGCCCAUGUUUAUGUUCGCUUGCACACGCGGGAUGCCGUACUCAAGUAUCACUUUGAGUUUGGUCCUGAAGACUACGACCCCAGGAGCCCGGAGCACGGGACCACAUUGUUGCAUCUGAAGAAGAAACUAGUUGAGUGUUGGAGAGAUCUGGAACACGAGGGUGAAGUUGGUGUCGAAAAUGUAGAAGUGAGGCGCAAGAAGAGAGAGCUGGGGGAUAAUGACGAGUUCCUGUGCAAUCUGGGUGUUGAGACUGGUGAUACAAUUGAUGCGUACGCAGUGGAGAACAAAUGA